GCCCCGCGGGGAGAGCGGGCGGUGGCAGUUGUGGAGGUUUAGUGUGCGUUGGGCGGCCGUGAUCGAGCGCCACGAUGCCUGCUGUGUCGAAGGGCGAUGGGAUGCGGGGCCUGGCGGUCUUCAUCUCCGAUAUCCGGAACUGCAAAAGUAAAGAAGCAGAGAUAAAGAGGAUAAACAAAGAACUAGCAAACAUUCGGUCAAAAUUUAAAGGUGACAAGGCUCUGGAUGGUUACAGUAAGAAGAAAUAUGUCUGCAAACUGCUUUUCAUCUUUCUCCUGGGGCAUGACAUUGACUUUGGUCACAUGGAAGCUGUAAACUUGCUCAGUUCCAAUAGAUAUACAGAGAAACAAAUUGGAUAUCUCUUCAUCUCCGUACUAGUGAACUCUAACAGUGAGCUGAUUCGCUUGAUAAACAAUGCGAUCAAGAAUGAUCUGGCCAGCCGCAACCCCACCUUCAUGGGGCUUGCUCUGCAUUGUAUUGCUAAUGUGGGUAGCCGGGAGAUGGCGGAAGCAUUUGCUGGAGAAAUUCCAAAAAUACUUGUAGCUGGGGAUACUAUGGAUAGUGUGAAGCAGAGUGCUGCCUUAUGCUUGCUGCGUUUAUAUAGAACUUCUCCUGACCUUGUCCCCAUGGGAGACUGGACAUCUAGAGUGGUGCAUCUCCUCAAUGACCAGCACUUGGGUGUGGUUACUGCAGCUACAAGUCUGAUCACAACUUUGGCACAGAAGAACCCAGAAGAGUUUAAAACUUCAGUCUCCUUGGCAGUGUCUAGAUUAAGCAGAAUUGUAACUUCUGCAUCAACGGAUCUUCAGGACUAUACGUACUACUUUGUUCCUGCUCCUUGGUUAUCUGUGAAACUUCUGAGGCUGUUACAGUGCUAUCCACCUCCAGAAGACCCUGCGGUACGUGGUCGUCUAACAGAAUGCCUGGAAACUAUUCUUAACAAAGCACAGGAGCCACCAAAGUCAAAAAAAGUGCAACACUCAAAUGCAAAGAAUGCUGUGCUUUUUGAGGCAAUAAGCUUAAUUAUACAUCAUGACAGUGAGCCAAAUCUACUAGUCCGUGCCUGUAACCAGCUAGGUCAGUUCUUGCAGCACCGAGAAACUAAUUUGCGUUACCUAGCACUGGAAAGCAUGUGCACGCUUGCCAGCUCUGAAUUCUCACAUGAGGCUGUGAAAACACACAUAGAAACAGUUAUCAAUGCAUUGAAGACUGAAAGAGAUGUAAGUGUACGACAAAGAGCUGUAGAUCUCCUGUACGCCAUGUGUGACCGAAGCAAUGCCCAGCAGAUUGUGGCUGAAAUGCUGAAUUACUUGGAGACUGCCGAUUAUUCCAUUAGAGAAGAAAUUGUUCUGAAAGUUGCAAUUCUAGCUGAGAAGUAUGCAGUGGACUACACCUGGUAUGUGGAUACAAUCUUGAAUCUGAUUCGCAUUGCUGGUGACUAUGUCAGUGAAGAAGUGUGGUAUCGAGUUAUUCAGAUUGUCAUCAACAGGGAUGAUGUUCAAGGGUAUGCAGCAAAGACUGUUUUUGAGGCCCUUCAAGCUCCAGCGUGCCACGAGAAUCUUGUAAAAGUAGGUGGCUACAUCUUGGGAGAAUUUGGAAAUCUGAUAGCAGGUGAUCCAAGAUCAAGUCCCCUCAUCCAGUUCAACUUGCUACAUUCCAAGUUUCAUCUGUGUAGUGUUCCUACCCGAGCUCUGCUUCUGUCUACCUACAUCAAGUUUGUGAACCUGUUUCCAGAAAUCAAAACUACAAUUCAAGAUGUAUUGCGCAGUGACAGUCAGCUAAAGAAUGCUGAUGUUGAGCUGCAGCAGAGAGCUGUUGAGUAUUUGAGGCUCAGUACUAUUGCCAGUACUGAUAUACUGGCCACAGUGCUGGAAGAAAUGCCUCCCUUUCCAGAGAGGGAAUCUUCUAUUUUGGCUAAACUCAAGAAGAAGAAAGGCCCAGGCACAGUUACUGACCUGGAAGAGAUCAAAAAGGAGAGGAGCUCUGAUAUGAAUGGAAGCGCUGAACCUGCCUCUGUCAAUGCCAGUGCUGUUUCUACUCCUUCUCCAUCUGCGGAUCUGCUGGGUCUGGGUGCUGCCCCUCUCACCAAUUCAGCUCCCCCACCGUCCUCUAGUGGUAGCCUGCUGGUGGAUGUAUUUUCAGAUUCGGCUUCUGCAGUUGCACCUCUUGCUCCUGGUUCUGAUGACAACUUUGCGAGCCCUGACCUGGCUUCAUCUGAGGUAGUUUCUGAGGAACCAGCUGAUACUGUGCAUGAUGCUGAUGAGCUUUUUCACAAGUUUGUGUGUAAAAAUAAUGGAGUCUUAUUUGAAAAUCAGCUGCUACAAAUUGGGUUGAAAUCUGAAUUUCGACAGAACCUGGGACGUAUGUUCAUAUUCUAUGGUAAUAAGACGUCAACACAGUUCUUAAAUUUUACUCCAACAGUAAUCUGCUCAGAUGACCUACAGUCAAGCCUGAAUCUUCAGACAAAACCUGUUGACCCCACAGUGGAUGGAGGUGCACAGGUUCAACAGGUUGUGAACAUCGAAUGUGUGUCAGACUUCAUGGAAGCUCCAAUCCUGAACAUUCAAUUCAGGUAUGGUGGAACAUUUCAAAAUCUUUCAGUAAAAUUACCCAUCACACUGAACAAAUUUUUCCAGCCGACAGAGAUGUCUUCUCAAGACUUUUUUCAGCGUUGGAAGCAACUAAGCAAUCCGAAACAAGAAGUACAGAAUAUCUUUAAAGCAAAACACCCAAUGGAUGCAGAGAUCACAAAAGCAAAGAUAAUUGGCUUUGGAUCAGCCCUACUUGAGGAAGUAGAUCCCAAUCCUGCUAACUUUGUUGGUGCUGGCAUCAUACAUACAAAAACUACUCAGAUUGGAUGCUUGCUGCGCCUUGAACCCAACCUCCAGGCACAGAUGUAUAGGCUCACACUACGAACAAGUAAAGAAGCUGUAUCUCAGAGAUUAUGUGAAUUGCUGUCAGAGCAGUUUUAAUAUUAACCAUGUCAGUUUGGGUUUUUCCACUUAUAUCACUGUCAUCAUACUGCAAAUAAAUGUCUUGUACAUCA